AUGACUGAAGAAAGAAUCCAAUUGGAAAUCGAGGUCAAAGGACCGGUCCAAGCUGCGUUCACUGUUUACGAAGACUUCGGAUACUACAAGAAAGGAGUGUAUGUGAUCAAUCGGAAAGCUGGCGAUGUCUUCGUCUUUCUGAUUAUAUUGCCACUUCCAAUGGCGCCGCAGUUACAGUCCUAUAGUGACGCGAAUCCUAUACCAGCUCACCACAAUGCCCUAAAAGCACUCUCCUCAUUCGAACAAAUGUUGUCUUGUUCUGGGGAACCACUUAAACUUCCUAAGACCAAUGUGCUGUGCGAACAACUUGGAAACUCCAAUGGGGAGCUGAAGAAAGAACGAUUUGUUGCUCAACCUAUUCCAAAGGAAGCUCAGGAGCUGUCUGGUGAAGCGUUGGUGGAGUAUGCCGAAUAUUCGUCAACAGUGGCAGCACUACGUAUGGGAAGUUUGAUGAAGGCCGAAUUCGCCGGAAAAGAUACGAAAAUGAAACAAGUACUGACAACAAAGCAGCCUGUCUUAAAUGACGAUGACCCUCCUGAAAGUUUCGACGGUCGGGAGUAUUGGAAAGACUGCCCUUCGACAUUGAUAUCGGACACCGAUUUUCUCGCAUGCUGUGGAAGAUUCUGUGGAAUUGGGUGUCAAGGUGGUUAUGGCACUCGAGCAUGGGCCCACGCUCAAAUUGUAGCAAGAUUAGCAUACUGGGUGCUGGAUGAUGAACUUGUCAUCCGGGCUGAUAUCAUGGAAUUGGGACCAGUUCAAGCGUCGUUUACAGUCUAUGAAGACUUCGCUUACUACAAAAGAGGGAUUUACGUUGAUAUUUCCGUAUCGUACGUGGGGUAA